GCCUGUCCAGACUCCCGAGCCCGGAAGUGGAUGUUGCCGCUCGGCGGAGAGAACGAGGGGGAGGGGGAAGUGCUUCCGGGGAAACGGGCCCCAGGUUGGUGUUUGUAAACUUGCCUCGGUCCCGGCGGGGACAGCGGCGGCCGCAGAGUUGGCACGGAGUGCUGGGGCCUGGAGGAGGYGCCGCGCGGCUGGGGAGGCAGCGGGAAGUCGUGCCUGGCAGGUUUCUGGAACAAAUCAAGAGCUAAAUCAAGAGAAUUCAACUGGAAAACCAAGACUAGCAGACUCUCUUUUCUUCAGACAACAGGCAGAAGCCAGAGAGACCAGGGAUUCUUGGAACACCUGUUUUCCCUUUGGAGGACACAAAGUUCUUUUGGAAGACAAAGGCAGUUCAAUAUGGCAGCAGGACUGAGAGGACAUGAGGGAGCCAUUACUGUGAUUUGGUGACAGUUCUUCAAAAGGCAGUGUCUUAAGGAAAGCUGGAUCAAGGAACUCCUGAACUUUGGGUUGCAUUAAGUGAAAAGUCAGCAUGGCUCAGGCAAGUCUCCUGGCUUGUGAAGGCCUAGCAGGUGUGAGUUUGGUUCCCACUGCAGCCAGCAAGAAGAUGAUGCUGAGCCAGAUUGCCAGCAAGCAGGCCGAGAAUGGCGAGCGGGCAGGUAGCCCUGAUGUGCUGAGGUGCUCGAGUCAGGGCCACCGAAAAGACAGUGAUAAGUCCCGGAACCGGAAAGAUGAUGACAGCUUGGCUGAGGCUUCUCACUCAAAAAAGACUGUUAAAAAGGUGGUGGUAGUGGAACAAAACGGUUCUUUUCAAGUAAAGAUUCCAAAAAAUUUUAUUUGUGAACACUGCUUUGGAGCCUUUAGGAGCAGUUACCACCUCAAGAGGCACAUCCUUAUUCAUACUGGUGAGAAACCAUUUGAGUGUGAUAUAUGUGAUAUGCGAUUCAUUCAGAAGUACCACCUGGAACGCCACAAGCGUGUACACAGUGGUGAAAAGCCUUACCAGUGUGAACGGUGUCAUCAGUGUUUUUCUCGGACAGAUCGAUUACUCAGACACAAACGGAUGUGCCAAGGGUGCCAGUCGAAGACUUCUGAUGGGCAGUUUUCUCUUUAGGCGCAAGGGGUCCUGGGUGGUGGGAGUGAUCAGAAGAAUCUACAGAAGAGUGCACACGCUUUCUGGUCUGAUGGUCCCACCACCACCCCAUCUGAAUCUGUCCCCCUCCUGGAGGAGUGGACCCAGGAGACCAGAAGAAUGCAUCGGGACAGUGGCUUCAGAGCCUCAGCUCUGUAAAUAAUCUGAGACUAUGAGUAUCUCGGGGAAGUUCCUACAGCAUUCCUGGGUAGGGGAGCUAGUCCCUGGACCCUUGACUGAGGUCAUAAGUGAGGACUCAAGGUACAGGACCAAGACUGAAGUGUGGCUCCCACAACCUUGGACUCCAGCUGGCAGCUGAAAUGGAAAAGAUUGGGAAAGGGGAUUUGUUUGUUGUGUUCUUAUUUUUGUUUAUCCAAAAGCAAUUUCAGCAGGUAAACUAUGGACACAGGUAAUCUGGAGGCUUAAAGUCCUGAUCCAGAAGCAAGGACUGUGGCUAGUCCAGCCCUACCCCAAGAUUGAGUUAUAGUAGAUCCUGAACGUUCCACAGUCCUGCACCUCACCUCCUAUUUGAAGGAGAAUAGGAUCAGGGAUGGCAGCUGAGCUUACUUUGACUUUCUUAUACACUGUAGGGACAAAAGUGAAGACAGUGGGAGGAGCAGACAAGGGCUGGGUCCAGGAAGAGUGAAGAGUACUGCUUACCUCCUCAAGAGCAAGAAUGUGCCCAUGGGUGUUGUAAUGGCCCAUGUUGCACCAUUCGUGAUGGGAUCAGCUCAAGUGCCUUCUGGAGGAAACUUGAGUGACAGUGGUCCAUGAGAAGCCCUUUCCUUCUCUCUGGGCAAUUGGUCUUGUAUAUGGUUUAUGGCUACCUCACUGUCAUUGACUCCUAAAGCCAGACAGAGGUGUUGAGCAGGGAGUCAAGGAUGUUAAAGUGGGUUCUCUUCUUGUGUCCUCUAAGGAAAACCCAAGACUAGUCCCAAAUUGGCUAACAGUACUUAGAGAAACAGGAAUUGGAACCCUGACAUGACUGUUGUGCAGGAGGAGCAGUUCUCCCUGCCCAAGUCCUGUAUUCAGGUAGAGGAGAUAGGAGCCUGGCCUUGUGUCCCAAAGAACAAGAAUUUGGCUCCCUUCUUGAUGGCCAUUCCUACCCAACAAAGAUGGGGAGAGAGGGAUGCUGCAGAGGAAGGACUGCAGGAAGAAACCUAAUUAGGUUUCAUUCUUAACCGUACUUCUUGCUCCUUUCUGCUCCACCAUUCUUCACCUUCAAGAAAGUGAUCAGAUGAGUGUGUGGUAUGUGAGUGCUCACAUUUGUGUGCUUGGAGAAGAUGGCAUAUUGUUGAGCCAAACCCUUCUAUCACCCUCAACUUAGAGGAGGAUGUGCAUAAAAUAGCCUCCUGCCCAGAACUGAAGGGUGCUGGGGUCCCAGCAGGAGCUGAGGAACUCUUACUUGGGGAACAAAAAGGCUUUGUUCCAGAGGAGGUUUUUUAGACUGAUUCAACAGGAUGGUGGUUAGGAUGUUUCUAACCCAAGCCAGGGCUUGUAAACAUGAAUUUUCUAAGGUGAAAUAAAAACAAACAAAACUCUCCUUAUGCUAACAAAAGGAUCCUUAUGGAAGGUUCUGGGAUUUGACUCCAUGUGGCCUGCAUUGACCUUUGGAGGUAGGGCGCUGUCAGGUGUAAUCAUUGAAAACAAGGUGAACUAGAGCACCAAGCUGUUGGUGGGGAUCUAGGAUGAAACUUUCAGAAAGUAUGGUUUCAUUGCCCAGAAAAUUCUUGUAGGGAAUAAACAAUGGCAGCAAUCUUCAAGAGGGUUGGGGACAGGGGUCCUCCAUUUCCCUGAGGUAGGGGUAUUUCAGGGGGAAAAAAAAAAGACCUGGCACCCCUUAGCUUUUGGAGGACAGCAUCUGAGGUUUUGGGGAGAGAUGUUUCCCACCAUGUGUUGCCCUAGCUUUAUGCUGACACUCCCAUUUGACCUAAAUCUUGGUCCUCAGACCCUUGCCGUGGUCCCUGCAAGGAAAGGGCCAGCCCCCUACCUAUUACAGGGCUUUGCUGUGGCCGGGAUUUUUGUAUUGAAUUUAACUCUGGGAAGGAAGAUACCUUGAGAAAGCUGUCCUUUUGAAAGUGGGAACUCUCUCCCUGCCACUUGGAGCUGAUCUGUUAGAAAUGUAGAGAGAAUCACAUGAGUGAUGUGUGCUUCUUUAUGUUCAAAUGCUUGUGCUAGUCAGAAUGUCCCUUGACACACCUCAGAUCUGGCCACCUGCCUUGGUGGUGGAAGUAAGAGAAUUUCUGAGCAGUGCAGAUGGCCAUACCAGAACCAUUCCUGCUGAGGGUUGGGAAUGGUGAUUAGUCCAGUUCACAUGCUGAUGUGGGGCAAUUGAUGUGUGAAGAGAUGAGCAAAGGGAUGAAAGGAGUGAGCACCCACAGGCACAGGAGCCCUGCUUCUACCCCAGGGAAUCCAUAGAAUUGGGACUGCUGCAAAGGCUCCUGGGCCCAAUACCCCACCCCUCCUCUGCAGGGUUGGGGCUAAGCACUGGAAAGAUGCCUCAGGUGUGUUUGGAGUGAGGGGAAAUGGAGAUAGGGCAGGCUCUCAGAGACCAGGAUAUGGAGUUGGAGGGCCUAGGAAAGAGUAGUGCCAGUUCCUGGGUAAGCUCCUGCACCAGGCCAUAUCAACCCUGCCCUUCUCUUCUUUUCUGUCCAACCCCAGCAGCCUCUUUUCAUCACUUAGCUACUGAUUGUGCCCCACAGCUUGACAUUGGAGGGUUAAAGGAGUGGAGUCCCAACACAGCUUUUAGCCCUCUUCCCAGAUGCUCUUUGCCUCUACUGUGGCCCUAGGGCUUUUAUCUUCAACAAUCCCCCUCCUAUCCUUCCUCUCCACCUUUUUUUUUUUAAUAUACUUAUUUUGCUAUGGGGGUGGGGACUAUCAAAUGAACAAGAUCACUUUUAAAUGGUAGUUUUUAUAAGAUGUUAUAAACUUGUAUCUUUUUACCAUUAAAGUGCAGUGUAUGUUCCUUCGUGAUAUAUUUCGGAUAUUUAAAUAA